AUGUCGACGGGGAAGGAAUCCGUCUGCGUGACCGGCGCCGGAGGUUUCUUAGGCUCUUGGGUUGUUCACCACCUGCUCUCCAAAAACUAUCUAGUCCGCGGCACCGUCAGAGACCCCUUGGACGCAAAGAAUGCCCACUUGAAGCAACUCCCAAACGCAUCCACGAAUCUGGAGCUCGUGAAGGCCGAAUUACUGGAUUAUCCUUCUCUGCUUUCUGCAAUUCAGGGCUGCUCCGGUGUCUUCCAUGUCGCCAGCCCUGUUCUUUCCUCCGUCGUACUGAAUCCACAGGCUAGUGUAGAGAUCAUCGAGCCGGCAGUGACUGGAACACUGAAUGUUCUUAAAGCGUGCGUCGAAACGAAGGUGAAGCGGGUGGUGGUUGUCUCUUCUGGCGCUGCUGUUAUAAUGAACCCUGCCUGGCCCAGCGGUCGACCCAUGGACGAAUCUUGCUGGUCCGAUGUGGAAUAUUGCAGAGCUACUGAGAGAUGGUAUCAAGUUUCAAAGACAGAAGCAGAGAGUCAGGCGAUUGAGUAUGGGAAAGCCACUGGACUCGAUGUAGUAACCGUUUGUCCCAAUCUCAUCAUGGGACCUGUUCUGCAACCAACGAGGAACGCAAGCACCUUGGUUCUCUCCAUGGCUUUGAAAGAAGGAGGUCACGACUCUGUUGAGAACAAGCAUUGGAUGGUUGUGGAUGUGCGUGAUGUAGCCGAAGCUUUGGUCUUGGUGUAUGAGAAACCGGACGCGGAAGGAAGAUACAUAUGCUCGGCUCAUUCGGUUCGUGUUAAGGACAUGGUUGAUAUUGUGACGGAAAAAUACCCUGACUACAAUCGUCACAAGAAAACAGCAUUCGGUGGCAAGCCCACACCAAGCUUCUUCAAUGGCAGCUUACAAAAAUGGGUUUUCAAAAGCUACAGAGAAGCCUCAGACAUUAAACCUCAUCGUUCCCUCCCCACACUCUCCGAGUCCGAUCUCAUGUCGACGGCGAAGGGAACUGUAUGCGUGACCGGCGCCGGAGGUUUCUUGGGCUCCUGGGUUGUUCAUCUCCUCCUCUCCAAGAACUAUCCAGUCCGAGGCACCGUCAGAGAUCCCUAGGAUGAAAAAUAUGCCCAUUUGAAGCAGCUCCCAAACGCAUCCUCGAAUCUGAAGCUCGUGAAGGCCGAUUUACUGGACUACUCAUCUCUGUUCUAUGCAAUUCAAGGCUGCUCGGGAGUUUUCCAUGUCGCCAGCCCUGUUCCCUCUUCCUCUGUGGCAAACCCUCAGGUUGACUUGAUCGAGCCAGCAGUGAAAGGAACCCUAAAUGUCCUGAAAGCAUGCCUCGAAGCGAAGGUCGAGCGAGUUGUGGUUGUGUCUUCUAGUGCUGCUCUUAUGAUGAACCCUUCUUGGCCUGAUAGUCGGGUCAUGGACGAGUCUUGCUGGUCCGACAUUGAACAUUGCAGAGCUAUUGAGAAAUGGUACUGUGUCUCCAAGACAGAAGUUGAGAGCAAGGCAUUUGAGUUUGGGAAAGCCAAUGGACUUGAUGUAGUGAGUGUUUGUCCCAAUCUCAUCCUCGGGCCAAUCCUGCAGCCCACCACGAAUGCAAGCACCUUGCUUCUCGCCAAGCUUUUGAAAGGUAGCCAGCCAUUGAAGGAUCGGACUUGGCGGAUAAUUGGCACCACCGGGUGGUGGAUGUGCGAUGUAGCAGAAGCAUUGGUUCUGGUGUACGAGAAGCCUGAGGCACAAGAAAGAUACAUCUGUACUUCACAUUCUGUCCAUAUAAAGGAUAUUGUGGAUAUAUUGAAGGACAAAUAUCCCAACUACAAUUAUCCUAAGAAGUAAGCCCUUCACAGUUCUAUUACUCUUCUUGACUAAUCCUGCAUAGAACUAAUACUAGAAGCACAUUAAGAUAUUAGGUAUCAACAAGUUGAGAUGGCCGAGUUGGUCUAAGGCGCCAGAUUAAGGUUCUGGUCCGAAAGGGCGUGGGUUCAAAUCCCACUCUCAACAAUAGUUUUUAUGCAUCUGCUCGAUUCGGCAUUCUUAGUUUUGCUUAUCUGCCUCUCCUUUCCAAGUGUGGCUAAUGCAGUUUAACAUUUUUGUCGGUGGGUGGUAGCUUUACAGAUGGACAGGAGAAGAAAGAAAUGAGUUCAGAAAAGUUACAGAGGUUAGGUUGGAGUUACCUUUCGCUGCAAGAAAUUCUGGUGGACUCUGGAAGGCUGACUUAUUGGACUAGAAGUCUAGAACCGAACCCUUUCCUGUUAAUGGUAAACCCUACUUCUGGUGUGGAUGAGGACAUCACAAGUAUCACAUCAAAAGAGUUUGAUUAAAUCGCAUGAAAUAAAAUGAUUAUACAACGAAGCUGUGACCGACACUGAAUUGCAUGUUCUAUAAUUGUUCAAUGAUAGUUGUGUGAUUCACACUGUUGUAAAAUGCGAUAAGAUGUCCUGUUGUCAACAAACGUCAGGUUCCUGGCUGCAGAUUCCGGACCGAAUUGCGAUGAGCACUCAUCCAUGUGACCUAAUGUGUUAGAUACAGACAGUCGAUGGACCUGGUGUCUAUCUAAGGUCUGAUUUGUAUAAUGCAAAGGGACAGCCAUCUGAGAUACGCAGAUGGAAUAAACCCUACCGGAGAAUGACAAAAGACACUGUUUGUCUAUAUGCUAGCAUGCCCCAUUCGUCUGCAACAAGACCCAUGUUAGCUGCUCACGCUUGAUUGUUUCCCAAGGAACUUGUUGAAUAUGCUUUUAGCCUAACAAUGCACAUGCGAAAGGAGAGGGUGGGGAGUACAGUUUGUUUUAA